AUGAGUGGCAUGUCCCCUACUCGAGCUAUCCGACCCGCACGAGUACCCCGACUCCGCUCCGCGCAGUGCAGUGCGCUCUCCGAUGCCGUGCGGCCCUCGUCGUCCUUCCGAUCACACACAUCUGCACUCUCCCACCCUUGGGCGCGCGACACCCCUCUCCGGCGCACCUCCACGCGCCCUUUCACCCUCGCUGGGCCGAACGCGCUGCACGCAGGGCUCGAGAACAUCUCCGACAUGCCACUCUGCACAACGCAUGCGCCCAUGACGAUGCGCAAGAUGAUGGGAUCCUUCCGCCUUGACCUCUUCGCGAUGCACAACGCCGGAAUCCGCUCCGCUGCAGCGCCCAUCAACUGCGACUAUCCGCUCGUCCCUCCCUCGCCGUGCUGGUCGCACGCACGCAGCGCAUCGCCGCUGAAGUGCUCGCUCCAGGAAGAGCCCGAGGAGAAGUGGGUCGCGUCAAUGGAUUCGGCUUCGCCGUUCAAGGCAGGCGCUGUCGCCGGCACGUGGACUGCACCGCUCAUGACGCCCGCGCAGUCGCUCAAGCUCAUGAGGAUCAAGCUCAUGAGGAUCGGGGUAAAACCGGGUUCCGCAGGUAAGGAGGGCGGCAUCGCCGCCGUACUCUAG